GUGCGGGAGCCAGAAAAGCCGGAGCCACAGCCGGCCAGCCCAGCGCAGGGAUGGGCAGCACGCUCUGAAAGUUCGUGACCGCGGCAGCCAACUAACUUUUAGCCGGGUCGCGCAGCUCAGGCAGUGGCAGGACUCGAAAGCUGUUCCCGGUCCAGAUCACAAGCGGCCACCCUCCAGGCCGGGUGCUCCCGCGCCUGAUCGGGGUUCAUGGAGCCGGGGCUGUGGCUCCUUCUCGGGCUCACAGUGACCUCCGCUGCAGGAUUUGUCCCUUGCUCCCAGCCUGGGGGCUCUGGCAGGACCAGCGUGUCCCAGGGCCCCCCUAAAGCUGGGUCAGAGGGGGACUGUGAAGAGACUGUGACUGGCCCUGGUGAGAGGACUGUGGCCUCAACUGCUGCACAGCCUGCAAAUCCUGGAAGUGCUGGGCAGCAUCAGGGACCAGGCAGGUCUGGGGAGCAGGAGAAGCAGGGGGCCCCUGCACACCACCGACCUCGGCGCUGCACGUGCUUCACUUAUAAGGACAAGGAGUGCGUCUAUUACUGCCACCUGGACAUCAUCUGGAUCAACACUCCUGAACAGACUGUGCCCUAUGGACUGUCCAACUACAGAGGAAGCCUUCGGGGAAAGAGGUCCUCAGGGCCAUUUCUGGAAAGCUCCCAACCUUCUCCACGGACACGCUUGCGUUGUGCUUGUACGGGGAUGGAUGACAAGGCCUGUGCACACUUCUGUGCACACACUGCAGAUGUCAACAGUGGUUCCCGGAGAGCAGGAAGACCAGCUGCAGAAGAGGAGGGGGAGACCAGAGGCCCACGCCAGAGGAUGAAGUCAAGAACAGAGAAAGCGGGCCGGCCAUAGCAGGCCUCUACCAAUGCUUCUUGCUUUCCGCAGCAGACUUCACCCUCGCUCUCCCUGUCUACCAGCUGCCUUCCACGAAAGAGCCAUUGUGCUUAUGCUGACAAGGUUCAAAUUUCCUCUUUAGGGACAAGGGGGAAUUGCCCUGAGUGGAAAAAAAAAAAGAAAUAAAGACCCACCUAAAGAGCCCCCACUUACCAGUACACCCCUACCCCAAGAAUGUCCAAGUCCAAAGGACCCCAGCUUCCCUAAUGGGAAAAAUGAUCCCAGAUGUGCCCUGGGGGCCAGAUGCCUUCGGCUCCAGUUUCACAAGGAAGUUGUUUGGGAGGUAUGUUAAGUCAGAAAGCUACUUACUGGCUUUUGACAUGAUUCCUCUUGGAGAGUAAGUGGACACCGGGCUGGCUCUUUACAAAAGUAAACACGCAUCCGUCUCCUAGAAGAUGCAGGACACCCGUGUGGCUGGAGCAGAUCUGCUUCUGCAGCCUGCCAGGCCUGUGUGAGUUAGAGGCUGCAAGGCAUCUGUCUGCUUGAGAUCUGGGUCCUCGCUAUGCUAUGGUCUGUGAAUUUGCAGUUCAUAGGAUCUAGAAACUUCUAGCUGUGCUUGGUACUCACCAAAAGAGUGGAUCUCAGAAACAGGAAGAGAAGGAAGACAAGAAACCUGGAUGUGCAUGAGACAAAAAAGAGAAAAUGCAUCCUUGAUGGUUUUGAACUCGGGGCACGAAGCAAAGAACCAUAGGGUUCUGUGGAUGGCCUCUGUGUCAGAGCUCCCAAGCCUGCCUUGCAGGGAGCUGCCCUGAGGAAAGUCCGGCUCAAGGCUAUUAGGCUGAAUAUCUGCUUUCAUGAAUAAAUGUGGCUCUUUGGGGAGUGGCUUCGAAAUAAGCUGAAAA